AUGAGUAAACGACAAGCAAUUUUAUUUGAUGAAAAAGUUCCAGAAGUAGGAUUAUAUGGUGAAUGGCAAACAGAAGAAUAUGCACCCAAACCUAUUGUUAAUGGAAUCGUUCCUAAAAAUCCUUAUGGAAAUUUAGACAUGUUUAAACCUAGUAUGUGUCCACCUGGAGGUAUUCAUAUUGAAGAAGCUUUAAGUAAUGCCAAAAAAGAUAAGGAGGCUUUAGCAAGAUGGAAAAGAUUAAUUGUAGGAAUAAAAAUAAAAAUGAGAAUUCAUAGUGAUUAUUUUAGUAGAGGAGGAGAUGAAACCGAUGUUGAGUUGGAAGAAGAAGCAGCAUAUAAAAAGUCGGAACAAUAUCAAUCUAUGGAUAUUGAUGAUGAUGUUGAUGUAACAAUAGAGAGAAAAAUUUUUGAAUAUAUUUUUACCGUUGCUUCAAAUUUAAUGACCGAUAACACUAAUGAAAUCGGUAAUACUGCAAUUUUUGGUUUUGGCCAAUUAAUAAGAAUUUGA